AUGGCCUCGGGAACAAGCUCCAGGAAGCGACCGCUUGAGGAGGAUGCCGACCUUCGCGAGAUGGUGGUCAGUCAAAUCGAGGCUGCGUUGUCCGAGUCGCGGCCAAGCAACAAGUACAUCAUUGUUUCGCAUCCCUCCAUGAAUCAUAUCAAGGACGCGCUCGUCAAGCUCGCCCCGCAGUCUUACUCCGAGGUGAAAGUCGACUGGCGUGAGUUCGAGUCUGGCAUGCCCAACAUCUUCAUCGAGGAGGUUCACAGACUGCUGCCUGCCCACGUGCUGCUCCUCCUGAACAUGCGACGCAAAGAGAUCCUCUUGGACCAGCUCUCGCUGCUGUAUGCCAUUCCAAGAUAUGGCUGUAGGUCCCUGACGGUGCUGCUGCCUUUCUUCCCCACAGGGACCAUGGAGCGCGUAGAUCGAGAAGGGGAGGUGGCCACUGCCUCCACACUUUCUCGGAUGAUCUCAGCUGUGCCCAUGACUCCCGGUGGACCUGCUCGCUUCUUGAUCUUCGACAUUCACGCCCUGCAAAUCAGGUUUUACUUUCAAGACAGCAUCCUUCCAGUUCUGCUCUCCGCGAUGCCUUUGCUGCUGAACCUGCUGAAGACACGACGGCAUUCAGAGAGUGGUGUGGAGGCUGUUGCGGUGGCCUUCCCAGACGAGGGAGCCAAAAAGCGCUUCGGCGGAUUCUUUGAAAAGGCGUGCAUGGUGAGCUUGGGAGCCAUCUUCGUAGCCUGCUUGAGCUAUGCUGCAAUGCGCCCCAUUUCUGCAAGUACGUCUGUCUGGGUCAUAAUAACCUCCAGACGGGACGGAUUCAAGCGGCGAGUUGCAGCAAGAGAGCUUUGGCAAGAUGCCAGCUGCGACCAGUGCAAAGUGAGCUUUCAGUUCGUUGUCUGCAAAGAGCCGCAGCUCUCGCCCAGCGAAGCUGCACAGCUCGAUGCCGAAGUCAAGUCCUUCGGAGACGUGCAGCUUCUGGAUUGCGAGGAAGGCUACGACAAGGGCAGGCUGGUCCAGAAGGUCGCGGCCGGCAUGAGGGACUUCCUUUCGCGAUCCUCCUCGGACUACUUCAUGAAGGUCGACGACGAUGCCUUCGUGGCCUGGAGCCGCCUAUGCCCGAGGCUGCACCAAAUUUCUCCCAAGAGCCAUGCCUAUGCUGGGGUUCCAGAUAUGGUGAACAGGACCGACUGGUGGUUCAACAACACCGAGAGUCCUAACUACGAUCCGUGGGAGAACUGGCCAUUUCCUUUCUAUCCUUUUCACAUGGCAGGCGGGCCCGGGUAUGUGAUUGGGUCCGAACUUCUUCGAGCUGUCGCAGAAAGAUUUAUGAGGCCCCCUCUGUCCUGGAACGAGGACAAGGCAGUGGGUAUUGCGGUUCACAGAGCUAACUGGAGUGGCCUACCAGUGAGUUACCAUUACCUUCACAUGGAUGAUGGUGAAUCCGAUGGCUUGCCGUUCACCGGCAAUUGGAGCGACUACCCGUUCUUAUCACAGCAUCAGUUGAGCGGUGAGUCGAUACGCUGCUUACACCGAGUCGAGAAGGAAGGCGGCCGCGUGGAUGCUUGCUACGUUCACACUCCCUGGUUGCGUGAGCUGCUCCGAUAG